AUGGUCAUUAGUGAAGCUCCCCAGUUCUCCUGCGAGGAAGAGAUAACAAUUAUGAGCCUUGUUUUACAGAUGGUGACACCGAGAGCAGGUUCAGGGACACCUGCACAGGCUCAGCGACACCUGCACAGGUUCAGUGACACCUGCACAGGCUCAGUGACACCUGCACAGGUUCAGCACUGCAGAGCAGGGUGUGUUUCUGGUCAGACCUGGCUCCGAGGGGCUGUGCCCAAGCGAGGGGUGGGGACGGAAGCGCGCGGUGCAGGGGCACGAGGCACUUGUGCAGCCUCCCCAGAACGCACAGGCAGGCCCCGUGGCAGGGCUGGGGGAAGGAGCCACGGGCAAAGGCAGAGGAGCUCAGGCAGCUGGGCAGGUGUGGCUCAAAGCAGCGUUAAUGUGGAGCCAGCGGCCUCGCUCCGGGCUCAGCAACACUCACCGUGCCCCCUGCUCCAGACACUGACUGACCCCAGGGCAGAGGGGAUCUCCAGCUCCUCUCCCACCUCACCAUCCUCCUUCUCCUGCCCUGGCUUGCAGCCUGUGCCCAGGGACCCAGCCAGCAGCAAGGAGCUCCUGGGCAGGGGGGGCUGUGGUGUCCCUGUGUGGUUUCCCAGGCUGCAGCUCCCACCUGCAGCAUCCCAGCUGGGGCUGGACACAGCCCAACCCACAUGCCAGCACGGGCUCCUGGCAGCGCUGGCACUCCCAGACCCUGUGGGCAAGCACGGAGGGACUGCUGCCAAAGCAGUGCCAGGAGCCCUGGAAACCAGCACUAAACCAUGCCAUUUGUCACAGGUGUCACACCGUGCGUCCUGUGAUCCUGGCUCACCCCGAGGAGCAGAGAGCAGCUCCUGUGGAGGCCCAAAGCAGCUCAUCCCCAGCCCAAGGGAGCCUCGGGCACUGCAACGCUGCUGGGCAGGCGGGCACCGACCAGGGCAGCCUCCUCCUCCUCCUCUGUGUGCAGCUCCUCUGGCAGCCUCCUUCCUUCCCUCCGGGCCUUUUGUCCCAGACAUUGUCCCAGACACUGUCCCAGCGACUCCCAGAGCUCCCAGCCUGCCUCUCCAGCAGGGCAGGGGGUGGGACAGGGCUGGGAAGCUCCGGACUCGGAGCGUGGUGUCCGGAGAAGAGGUGACCACAGGGGACACCAGGGCCUUCCUCCCUGACACAGCUCGAGCAGCUGAACUGCAAGUCUUGCUUAUCAAUUCCUUUUGUGAUGCACAUUAAAUAUAUUCCACAUCAGGGACACUUCUCCUCUCUCCUCUCCUUGGACACCUUUUCCCCAGCAAAGCCUUACAAGUGCUGCUUGCUGUGGCCUCAUUUUGUCAUCAUCAUCAUCAUCAUCAUCAUCACCACGCACUCAUCCUCAUAUAAAACAGAAAUCUAUUCCAUCAAGCACUUAACAUAAAUAUUAAAAUAAUGGAAGGGACAAAAUAUAAAUCUACAUACAACUUCAUGACUACCAUAGCACCUAUUACCAUGACAAAGCAAAUUCUGGUUCAAGGGGAAGGGAAGGGGGAUGAGGAGCAAGUUAGGAAGAGGAACCUCAACUGUCAUUAAAUAUGUAAAUCACUCUUUCAAAAAAAUUUUUUUUGUUGUUGUUUUGUUUUUUGUUUUAAGGUUA